CAACUUGUCUUUGUCUACGCGGUUGGGACCUAGCCUGUGUGCUUCUUUAUAUUCUUUGCAGCAAUAAUGGAGGCAUCUAUCUCGCAGCCUCAUGCGCCUGCAUUCUGCUUCUCCAGGAUCCUUCCCUGAAGCUAGGAUCCUUCAAGUGUUCUUCUCCAGAAGCCUCGAUUUAUAGAAGCGCAGAUCCGUACCUGCAUCAGUCAUCAGAAAUGGCUAACCUACAGAGCCAGCAGAGCCUAGUAAGUACAUUACCAAAAGAACUACCUGCGACCUUUAUGAAGGAAAUUACCAGCGAUUUCGCCGCUGGGCGAGAACUCGGCCGUUCUGUAUUUGGAAUAGUUUACAAGGGGGUUCUGCCAGAAGGGGGCACGAUUGCUGUGAAGAGGCUGGCUGAAAACGCCCCAGUGGCACCUGGCAAAACAUUUGAUACCGAGGUUACAAAUCUUAUGGUACUUCAGCACGACAAUAUUGUACAGUUGGUUGGCUACUGCCAUGAAGCACAGAAGAAAGUGGUUCAGCAUAAUGGAAGAUAUGUGAUUGUAGACAUGGUCGAAAGCUGUCUGUGCUAUAAAUAUCUACCAAACGGAACCCUCGACAAGUAUCUUUAUGCGGACACUAGAUCCAUUAACUGGGACACGCAAUUCCAAAUAGUUAAGGGAAUCUGCCAGGGUUUACAUUUCCUUCACAAGGAAUUGGAUGGCCCCCUUAUUCAUAUGAAUCUUGUGCCUAACUCUAUAUGGUUGGAUGAUAACUGGGUGCCAAAGAUUGCCGAUUUUGGCCUCUCAAGACUUUUUGGCCAAGAGCAGACCCGGAUGUACACAGUCAAUGUCAAGGGACAUAAUGGGUACAUAGCUCCGGAAUAUCUAUACAGAGGUGAAAUCUCCACCAUGUCGGACAUAUAUAGUUUAGGCAUGCUUAUUCUUGAGAUCACGACCGGAGAGAAGAACAAUUCAGUUUCUGACGACAAAUCUGCAAGAAAAUUUGUUGACAGGGUACAUCAAAAUUGGAAGACAGAGGAGCAAAUAAUAUACAAGUACCCAUCACUAGAUCCAAAUGGCCUCCAGCAAGUAAAAACAUGCAUUGUAAUUGGGCUAAUGUGUGUGGAAGCUGAUCGGAACAAGAGGCCUUCCAUAGUGGAUAUUGUUGAUAAGCUCAAUGGCAAACGUGUACCAAUAUUUGACCAGGUCCCCCCUUCCUAGCAUCCAUGAAACAUGGUCUUUCCAAAGAGAAAUCGAUGUCCAAGAUGAAGUCAAACCUGCUGUAUGAUCUGUAGACGGCACUAAUUUUCUUCAGAACUAAUUGAGAUCCUUCGUUAAAUUUCUCUCUUACUGGCAACAAUGUACACUGCAUCAUCGGAGUACUUCUGCCUCUGUUGAUCUCAUCUUAAAGUAGAAUUUAUGUACCUUUGCUGCAUGGAAAAAUUUGCUACUUUUUUUCUGGACUUGGGGUGGAAAUUUUUUCGGUAUUCCACAUUA